AUGAUCCGUAGAAAGAAGAACGUGAAGAAGGGAAUCCAGUUCUGUUUGAUGGUCUGCGGAGCAUCAGGCACUGGAAGGACCACCUUUGUCAACACGCUUUGCGGAAAGAGCGUCCUCGGCCACAAGGAGGCGGACGACCCCAACGCCGCCUCUGUCGAGGAUGGUGUCAAGAUCAAGCCCAUCACUGUCGAGUUAGAGCUGGACGAGGAGGGUACCCGUAUCUCCCUGACCAUCGUUGACACCCCGGGGUUCGGUGACCAGAUCGACAAUGAAGCCAGGUAUGGCGCCCCGAGAACAAUGCAAACAAACACCCACGCCGAUACUAACACGCGCAUGUCUAGCUUCGCAGAGAUCGUCGGUUACCUCGAGAGACAAUACGACGACAUUCUCGCCGAGGAGUCUCGUAUCAAGCGUAACCCCCGUUUCAGAGACAACCGGGUUCACGCCAUGCUCUACUUCAUCACGCCCACCGGUCACGGUCUCCGCGAGUUGGAUAUUGAGCUCAUGAAGCGUCUUGCCCCCCGUGCCAACGUCAUUCCUGUUAUUGGCCGCGCCGACUCCCUGACCCCGGCGGAGCUCGCCGAGUCGAAGAAGCUUGUGAUGGAGGACAUCGAGCACUACCGCAUCCCCGUCUACAACUUCCCCUACGAUAUCGAGGAGGAUGAUGAGGAUACUGUCGAGGAGAACGCUGAGCUGAGAGGUCUGAUGCCGUUCGCCAUUGUCGGUUCCGAGGAGGUUGUCGAGAUUGGCGGCCGUGCCGUCCGCGCCCGCCAGUACCCCUGGGGUGUUGUCGAGGUUGACAACCCUCGCCACUCCGACUUCCUUGCUAUCCGCUCUGCUCUCCUUCACAGCCACUUGGCUGAUUUGAAGGAGAUCACCCACGACUUCCUCUACGAGAACUACCGUACCGAGAAGCUCAGCAAGUCUGUUGAGGGCGGUGCUGGAGUUGACUCGUCCAUGAACCCCGAGGACCUCGCCUCCCAAUCUGUGCGCCUCAAGGAGGAACAGCUGCGGCGAGAGGAGGAGAAGCUCCGUGAGAUCGAGAUCAAGGUCCAGCGCGAAAUCAACGAGAAGCGUCAGGAGCUCUUGGCCCGCGAGUCCCAACUUCGCGAGAUCGAGGCCCGUAUGCAGAGGGAACAGUCUGCAGCAGCUGGCGGCCCCGCCGAGGCCAACGGCGACCACGAAGCCAACUAA